UUUGCCCCUCGAGGAGCGGGACGAUGACUCUGCUGCAGGAGAUGAUCGAUGACGUGUUGGCAUUGCAUCCAAAGUCUCAGUUCAUCCAUAUUGGCUGCGACGAGGUUUAUUACAUGGGACAGUGUGGCCAGUGUCACCAGCGAAUGCAGCAAAUGGGUUGGAGCUCCAGCGGUCUAUUUCUGGAUCACAUGAUCACCGUCGCUGGGUACAUAAAAUCAAAAAAGCCCAGCAUGACAGUGCUUGCCUGGGAUGAUAUGAUGAGGAGAAUGUCCCUGUCAGAGCUCUUGAGAUCGAAAGUGGGUGAUGUUGUGGAACCUGUGGUCUGGGGAUACCAUGGUGUCUCAAGGGGGACUAUCCAGUACAGUUAUAACCAGGCUUUCAAGGGCAUUUGGAUUGCAUCAUCAUUCAAGGGAGCCCAGGGUCCAGAUUCCAUGCUUACUGAUAUAGGUAGGUAGG